UGGAAAGAAUAUGUGUGAAUGAUUGAUCCCAUAUACGAAUUUAUAUUUUUCUGUGCAUACAAGACUUUAAAUGUAUUUGUAAUUCCAUGGAGGGGUUAUAAUAAAGUUAUAGUGGUGUGAAUGCAUUGAGGGUUGGACAAGCUAGGCAGAUUUUUGCGUGCCCAUCAGCGCCUUUCUUGCACAGGUAGGGGUUUUGCUGUCUUGCUUUUAUUCCUUAUUUUUGUGGUUCUUAGGGUUCAGGAUCAGCAGGAACUAGAGAAAUGAGGGUGCAGGUGCUAAGCAUCUGGACUUAACCCAAACCAUUUUCUUCCCAUUUUUAAACUUUAGAUUCCAUGGCCUCUGCGAAAAACUCAAACUCUGUAAUCGGGAUUAACUUGAAUGAAGACAAUACUUGUAAUCCCUCAGAAGGAGAACUUAAAACUUCUGAGGAUGCUGAAAGCAGUCGUAAUCUUUUAAUGGGUAUUAAGAAAACUUUAGAAGAGGCUGGAAAUAGUUGUAAUCCUUUAAUGGGUGUUCAGACGGAGGCAGUUAGGCAUCCUGGUCCUAUGGUUGUAUCUACCGGACAACAUGAUCGCAAGGGCCAUGGAGGGGUGUGUGCUGAUCUCAAUGAAAUAAGUGAAGAAAUUUCAGAGGAUUCAGUGCUCUCCGAGGUGAAGAGAGUUAAAGAAGCUGGCAGUGGAGCAUCCAUUGUUACUAGCUCUGCUAAACUUGGGGAUGUUGUUAAUGGGUCUGUCAAGUUUGGAGAUGUUGAUAAUGGUGCAGAUGCUUUAAAAGCAACCCUUAGUGGAAAAGCUGACGAGGAGCAGGAUUUGGGGAUAAAAGCAAGAUGCAUUGCUUUGCAGAACUAUCAAGAUUUAGGGACUUUGUCAGGACAAACAACAGAACUUUGUGUGACCGGAGAGGGUAACCAUAUUGAAGAGCCGAAGGGACGUCCGAUAGAAGAGCCUUUUGAUCAACACGGAGAUUUAAACAUAGCGAAGAGUUCAAAUUUAAGCCCCCUAGAAGAAACAUCAAAUUCUAUUCAGGAUCCUAAUAGAGUGCAGGAAAAAGAUAAUUCUAGUGAGAUUCCAUUCCGCUCUGAUGCACCGAUGAAAAGAUGUACGGUGCUUUUUGCGUCAGCUACUACUAAUGUUGAUCCAACACAGGGUUCAAGUUCUGCUCAAGAUGCAACAAAAUCUGAUGGUGAAAAGCAUUCUGUCCAGCUUCCUUAUGAAGCAAAGGCGAGUUCACCUAAUUGCAUUCCUAAGGAGCAUAAGUUUUCUGUUGGGGAUUUAGUAUGGUGUAAAGUUAAGUACCAUCCUUGGUGGCCUGGUCAGAUAUUUGAUCCUUCGGAUGCAUCGGAAGCUGCAAGGCAGCUGCAAAAGAAGGAUCGGUUAUUGGUGGCUAAUUUUGGUGAUCAGACAUUUGCAUGGUGUGAGUUGUCCAAUUUGAAGCCUUUUCGGGAGAAUUUUGCAGAGUUGGCAAAACUUUCAACUGGAAAGGUCUUUUGCAAUGGGGUGGAUAAGGCUCUGAAUGAGCUAGCUAGGCAAGAGCAAUUCGGUUUGACUUGCUCAUGCCUGUCUGGGAAAACUCAGAGCACACUUAAAAAUAAACUUAUUUCUAAUGGUUUACGUGAAGGAGCUGUUGUCGACAAUCAUAGACGCUUUAGCCUGGCUGCAACUGCAUUUGAUCCUUGGAAAUUGCUUACUUAUGUUCGAGAGUUGGCAGAAUCUCCCUUUACUGACAACAACUUGGACAUUACCACGUUCCGUGCUCAAGUGCAUUGUUUUUAUGCAGGACAGAGGCAUUUUGCAUUUGGGGAGACAUCUUCAGAGGUUCUGUUAAAGCAUGCAUCUAUCUCUGAAAAUCAGUUCGCAACAACCAAAAACGUCAAAAGCAACAAUAGUUCCCCUGGAAAACAUAGACAAAGUUCAAAUGGAAGACAGUCAUCGAGGAAGAAGAAGAAAUUGUUUGGGGGUUCUCAAGGAUAUGAAUCUGAGCAGGAUGACUUGCCACUGAACAACUCUACUGAAACCCGAAAAAGAGCUCCAAAGGAAAAAGAAGGCUGGUAUGGCAGAAAACUAUCUCAAUCGACUAGUAAGAAGCAAAGAAAAAAUGAGUAUAUAUUCGCAUCUGGUGGAUAUAGGAAAGGAGCUAAGGGUUGGCAAGAAAAGCAAAAUAUGCACACUGCUAGUCCCAUAACUGAAAACGCACAAGGGGAUACAAAGAAGGUUCCAAAAGCCUUCAAAAUUGGGGAAUGUAUAAGAAAGAUAGCAAGUCAGCUGACUGGAUCUCCCCCCAUCAUAAAGUCUGUAGAUCCAGCAGUUGAGAAGACGCUUGAGGACAGGGAAAAAGCAAAACUUGAGAGUAUGGAAAAUAUCCCAAGGUCACCUUCAAACUGGAUCAAAUCUCCAUUGCCUUUUAAAAAAGAUUUUUCUAUUAAAGAAUCACUGUUUGAGCUUUUCCUAGUUGCUCAGAGUCCUAUUUAUUUUCUAGGGGAGAAUGAUAUAUUUUCCAGGGUAACAAACAUUUUCUUGAGGUUUAGAGGUGAAGCAUAUGAGAAAGAUUCUGUAUACCCCUCCUAUAGGAGAGCUUCUAAAAGUUCCAGUAAGUUAACCGUGUCUCCUAGGAUUGAUGAUUCAGAUGAUUCAAAUUGGAGUGAUACGACAAAUGCUUCCAAGCCGAAGGGCCAUAGGUUAAGAAGGAGGAGAAAAAAGGUUGAAUCACAGGCAAAAGACUCAGAAAACAAACCAAAGCGUCGUGUAAGAUCAUCAGAUUCUACUCCAUCAAAAAAGGUGAAGAAGCUGAAGGAUAAUAUUAGAUCGCCUGAUACUACUUUAUCAAAAGAGCUUCCACACUCAGCUGCCAAUAAUUUGACAGACUCACCUCAAGAAAGUCCUACAGCUCUCUUCAUGAAGUUUCCUCCAGGGUUUGCAUUCCCUUCAGAAACAGAACUGAAAGAAAUGUUUGUCCACUAUGGUCAGAUUUCAGAAACUCAGUUCUUUAGCGAUUCGGGUUGUGCUCAGGUGAUUUUCAGGAAGUGUUCUGAUGCAGAAGCAGCUUUUUAUGGUGCAACAGCAAAUAAAGUUUUUGGACCAGCAACUGUCUCAUUCCGGCUUCGGUAUCUCACAUCCAGAAGGAAGACAGACACUGUUCAAACUGAAGAUCCUAGAGAAGCUGAAAUAGGAAUUUUAUCAGAGGGUGAAAAUACAUCAAGAAACUUGGGGGAUGUUAAAGAAAAUGAGGGCCAACCCCAUGCCUCAGGAGUCUCUGUUGUUGAAGCUGUUGGUGCAUCUAAUUAAAAUCCUAUGGAAGAGUUGACAAUUUCACACGAUCAGCAAAAUCCAAUAAUACAGCUUCUACCCAAUAGUUUGCUAUUGAGUGUGCUUCUACUUUGAUUGCUACCAAGGUAGAUAAUGCUGAGCCCAGUUUCAAUGUGGAUGGGUGGUGGGUCUAUAUUGGUUUCUCUGCAAGAUCCGGGCACACUAGCUAGCUCACCAAAUUAGGUGCUUCUAUAUUUACAGAUGGAAUCAUGUAAAUCUGAUAUGUUAUGCUUGUACAUUGCACAUGGUAUGUGAGUUCUAAUUAUUCACUUUUGCUUCUCACA